GGAGAGAGAUUAUAAAUCAGGAACUCUGUGUCAAUAAGACACACUCAAAGUGCUUUUCUUGCUGUUGUUGCUUAUUUACCUUUAGUCUGAAACAUGGCGAGGAUUUUCUCCUUCUCCUUCUUCUCCUUCUCCUUCUUCUUCUCCUCCUUCUCCUUCUCCUGUGUUUUUGCCUCCCCGACAACAAAAUACACCGGAGUAACAACAGCUCCUUUUACAGCAUCAACUGCACAAGUGUGGGAAACACAAAAUCUCAGGGGACGGAUGUUCAGCGUGAUGCCCGGCGCUGCCGUCCGCUUCCACUCGGCCGUUCUCCCCGAGGUCACCGGAAUCACGCUGUGUUUGAGAGGCCUCACAGACAAAAAGUGGAUGAUUGAUGAUAGACUUCAGCUCAUGUUCGGGGAAAGAAAUGCAUUUUAUAUUACAGCAUCUUCUUCUUCUGAAUAUCAGCUCCAGGUCGCUGGGUCCUACCCCUACGUGACCUUUAAUGUGAACUCCAUGGUAGCGGUUCGAGAGGUUAGCUCUGUGUGGAAGAGCCGCUGUGUGACCUGGGACUCCGACAGCGGAAUGGCACAACUGUGGUUCGACGGCAGGAUGAGCGUUCGCAAAGGAGUCAGCAGAGGAGCGGUGUUUUCUGGCCAAGCUGAGUUAUCCUUGCAUCAGUUUGAGGGUCAGCUGUCUGAUGUGUACCUGUGGGAUUCGGUCCUCAGUACGCGAGAGCUUUACAGGUACCUGUACCAGCUCUCGGUCCCGUGGGGAGGUAAAGUCCUGGACUGGACGCAGAUGGAGUUCAUCACCAGCGGCUAUGUGGUGCUAGAGCCUGCUUACUCCAGCCGGUUCCUUGCUGGUCCUGCUAAGCGCAACAAGCAGAAAAGGAUGAAGAAGCGCCAGAGACAGGAAGUGUGACUCUUCUCUAGUGUACUGAGUGUACUAAGUGUACUUACCAAGGCUGUGUCUCAUUUACAUUUCUUGAUGUAAACUUUUGGCUACAGUUUUUAGCACUUAAU